AUGGAGAGUGUGCAUGCUGCAGCUGACGAUGGAGGCAAGUUAACGAAGAAGCCCAGCGGAGUGUCCACCGGCCGGCGGACUCCAGCAGCGACCGGCGGGCAUUUAGCUCCCUCCUUGGCAGACGCAAAAAACGGCAACGGUGUUCCCCAGGCGGGCCGCGUCGUGGCGUUGAACGGCCGAGGAUUAUCGGGUAACUCCGGCUCCCUGCUGAGACGCAGGCGCUUGAAGCGGAACCUCAGCGCCGCCGCCACCGCGUCCGGCGCCGCCGCCGCCUCCUCGGCUGUCACGGCAGCCUGCGGUGGUGCCAAGAUGAGCACGGCCCUCUCCUCUGUUUCUCUGCAUACCCGGAGUCUGGACCGCAAGACCCUGCUCAAGCACAGGACGAACAUGCAGCUGCAGCCCGCCGACCGCGAGUGGGUGCGAACCGACCUCCACCGAGGCGCCAUACACGUCUACGAUAGAUUGACGUCUUCGUCUCCCAGGCCGGUCCUCUGCACCGCGGACACGACGGCCGGCGAGGUCGCGAGCCGCCUCAGUAAACUCUGCGGCAAGUCCAGCUCUGUCAUGCGUAUUUUUAGCAAAGACAACCCCAAGAUGGACCAAAAUGGCAACUGCAGCGUCAAGUACGAGUACAACUAUAAUCUGUGCAAGGUCACCGAAGACUCCUGCAUCAAAUAUGAUCCCUUAUCUAGCCUGGAACCCACAGAUUUAGGAGGUCAUCCAGGUGACAAAAUGAGACUGCUAUUAAUGACAAAUGCGGAUGAGAGGCAACAGGAUGGAAAACUUUUCAGCCCUGAAUCGGAGUCCCAAGACAACAUCACCUGCUCACUGUCAGACUUGAACUUGAACUCCAACGUGGAUACCCCUAAUGAUGAUGACUCGGAGCAUAGGAACGGCACAGACAGCUAUGGCCUGAACUCCGGCUCGGAUGUGGAGAGCAGCGCUUUUGACGACCUGAGCUCUGGGGCCCGGCUCAGCGAGCACAGGGACUCUCUCAGCGACGACAUGAUUCUGGGCACGGAUGCGUCCAUCCUCAGCCCAUCAUUCGACAGCGCCACAGAGGGCCACGACAUGUACGGCAGCUCUUCAGAUGAGCUAGAGCUUGACUGCCCCGCAUCUGGCGCCAACCUGGAUCCCCUCUCAAAUUGUGUUGUCUACAAGCAGUGUGGCGUACCCAAUGGCCUGCCUGCGAGCAGUAGUGCCGGCUCCUUGUCCAGAGACAGCUCCACAGGUAACACACCUGACAUCCAAGACCAAGAUCGCAGUGUUGGCAAAUCAGAGCUGACCUCUGGUCGCAAUGGAGACUCUUCAGAGGAGUCCAGCCCUACGCUGUAUGUUCAGCUGCACGGCGAAGCAGUCAGGAGGCUUAGCCCAGAUGAGAGGCCCCUGCAGAUCCAGAAUGACUUUCUCUAUAAGCUUGGAUUUAAGGACCCUUGGAGAGUUCAAGAGGAAGGGCUUAACACAGAAAUGGGCUCCUUGCUCCGGUUCUAUGCAGGGAAACCCCAAAACAUUGAGAGCUCCGAGCGGGUACAGCUGUCGGGGACAUACAACGUCCGCAAAGGGAAGCUGCAGCUACCAGUCAACCGCUGGACUAGGCGGCAGGUCAUCCUCUGUGGCACCUGCCUCAUUGUCUCCUCUGUCAAGGAGAGUCAGACGGGAAAGAUGCACAUCCUGCCGCUCAUUGGAGGGAAAGUAGAGGAAGUAAAGAAGCACAAUCACUGUUUGGCCUUCAGUUCAGCUGGGCCCCAGAGUCAGACAUACUAUGUCAGCUUCGACAGCUUCACGGAGCACCUCCGCUGGCACAGACAUGCUGCCAAGAUGGUUUCACAGAGGAUCAACUCGGUGGAUUUGUCUUGCUGCAGCUUGGAGCAACUUCCCCCAAACCUCUUCUACAGCCACGACCUCACCCAUCUUAACCUCAAACACAACUUUCUGCCUGCAGACCAGGGAUUGCAGCAGUUGCAGAGGUUCUCUCGUCUACGGAGCCUCAACCUGUCCAACAACCACCUUGGCCAGUUUCCCCUGCCUAUCUGUGACAUCCCUACAUUGACCGAGGUCAACCUUAGCUGCAAUUAUCUGCCCUCCGUUCCCAGCUCUGUGGGAUCCAUGACCAAUCUGCAAACGUUUUUGCUGGAUGGCAACAGCCUGAGUGAGCUGCCCGAUGAGCUGGGCUCCCUCCAGAGGCUGUCAUACUUCGGUCUCUCCUUCAACCAGUUCAGCCAUGUGCCACAGGUGCUGGAACGACUGGCCUCAAUGGAGAAACUUUGCAUGGCCGGCAACAACCUGGAGACACUCACCUUGCAGAACUUCCGGCUUCUCCGUGUCAAACACGUCGAUCUCAGGCUGAAUAAGAUCUCCAACAUGGUUCCGGACGAACCUGACCUGCUAAGACAUGUCACCCAAUUGGACGUCAGGGACAACCGACUGACACAGCUGGACGCUUCUGUGUUUCCCCGCCUGGAGGUGCUUCACUGUGAAAGAAACCGAAUUACCAGCCUCAAGGUCAAGGGCUGCCUACUCAAGGGCAUCUACGCCUCCAACAAUGAGCUGCAGAGUCUGGAUGUCAGUCCUGUACCCUCCAAUCUUAGUUACAUGGACAUCUCACGGAACCGUAUGGAGGCCUUGCCAGACUGGGUGUGUGAAGCGAAGAAACUGGAAGUGCUGGAUGUCAGCCACAACCUCAUCAGCGAGCUCCCAGCGCGGUUGUUAUGCAGCAGCAGUCUGAGGAAGCUGAGUGCUGGACACAACCAGUUGCAAAAGCUGCCUGAAAGAGUGGAGCGUCCCCUGCUGGAAGUUCUCGACGUGCACCACAAUCAACUGCUGGAGCUGCCUUGCAACCUGUUCCUCAAAUGUGUCAGCUUACGAUCCGUGAAUGCUUCAGCCAAUAAGCUUGAACACUUGCCUCCCUCCACGCUGUCUGAGGAGAGCCACAGCAUCCUGCAGGAAUUUUACCUAACCAACAACCAACUGACUGACAAAUGUGUGCCCAUGUUGACGGGCCACUCGCACCUUCGGGUUCUGCACAUGGCCUACAACAACCUCCAGACCUUCCCAGCCAGCAAAAUGGCCAAACUGGAAGAACUGGAGGAGGUGGACCUUAGUGGCAACACUCUAAAAACUGUGCCCACCACCAUCAUGAACUGCCGGCGUAUGCACACUCUCAUCGCCCACUCCAACUCCAUUGAGGUCUUCCCCGAGGUCAUGCAGCUAAUGGAAAUGAAAUGUGUGGAUCUGAGCUGCAACGAGCUGAGUGAAAUCACGCUUCCAGAGAAUCUGCCACCCAAGCUUCAGGAACUGGAUUUGACUGGAAACCCACGUCUCAACCUGGACCAUAAGACCCUCGAGCAACUCAAUAAUAUUCGCUGCUUUCGUAUUGAUCCACCGCCGACCUUCUCAUCGAACGAGGCACCUGGCGGUCCCGCCGUGUGGAGUCAUGGUUACACGGAGGCCUCGGGCGUCAAAAACAAACUCUGCGUGGCGGCACUCUCAGUGAACAGAUUCUGCGGGAGUCGUGAGGCUCUGUAUGGGGUGUUCGAUGGCGACAGGAACGUGGAGGUCCCCUACCUUUUACAGUGUACUAUGAAUGAUGUGCUGGCGGAGGAGGUGCACAAGAACAAGAGUGAAGAGGACUACAUGACCAACACCUUUCUUGUCAUGCAAAGGAAGCUGGGAACUGCCGGUCAGAAGCUGGGCGGCUCGGCGGCUCUGUGUCACAUCCGCCACGAUCCUACUGACCCCAGCGGCUGCUUCGUUCUGACGGCUGCCAAUGUGGGCAAGUGUCAGGCCAUCCUGUGCCGCAACGGGAAGCCUCUCGCCCUGUCCAUGCUCCACAAUGUUGGCCUCGAGGAGGAAUACCACCGCAUCAGGCAGCAUCGAGCUAUUGUCACAGAGGACAACAAGGUCAACGGUGUGACAGAUUCAACGCGCAUCAUGGGCUACUCCUUCCUGUAUCCUUCCGUCAUCCCAUCUCCCUACGUGCAGACGGUCACGCUCACAUCGCAGGACGAAUUUUUCAUUUUGGGCAGCCGCGGAUUAUGGGAUGCAGUUUCCCCCGGCGAAGCGGUGGAGGCGGUGCGCAACGUGCCGGACGGCCUGGCCGCUGCCAAAAAGCUAUGCACGCUGGCGCAGGGCUAUGGCUGCACCGACAGCAUCAGCGCUGUGGUGGUCCAGCUCAGCGUGACAGAAGACUGCUGCCCCUGUUGCUGCUCAGAGCCCCCCCGGCCACCCCCCAGUCCCGGUCUGGGCCCUUACCCACCAUCCUCCUCCAAGGAGCGUCCCUCGGACGGCUCUCUGCCCGUGCCGCCGUCGUCCUGCAGCGAGAUGAGCAGCGAGAUCAGCACCAGCGAGAUGAGCAGCGAGGUGGGCUCCACGGCUUCGUCCGAUGAGCCACCGCAGAGUUCCCUGAUGCUCCUGCAGGAACAGGGCCACCACCCUCAUCUGCACCAGCACCACCAGGCCCACCCCGUGACACUGCAGCACCAGCAGGCCCAUGCCGUUGCCCAGCCCUGCCAGUUGCUGUUCACCGGUCCUGAGCUGCCUCCAAUCCGCGGCUGCCGCACCCUUCACCCCGCCUGUCUGGCGAGCUCCUUCCAGCGGCAGCUGUCGAGCGCCACCUUCUCCAGCGCCCUAUCAGACAACGGGCUGGACAGCGAGGAUGAAGAGCCCAUCGCCGGUGUUUUCUCUAACGGCAGCCGUGUAGAAGUCGAAGCGGACGUUCACUGCCUCAAAACAGAGUCCUCCUCAGGCCAGGAGCACGGCCUCCUUACUCUCCCGCCGCCUCCUCCUCCGCCACCGCCGUGCACCCCCGAACCUCCGGAUGAAAGCGUGGACAUGAGCCUAGCUGUGGCAGAGAACGGGUCGGAUGAGGCGUGGCAAAGCGGCGGCGACGGAACAAAGGCGGCGUUUGGAAAGAGGAGAGUCAACGGUUCAGUAGCACGCCAGGAGAAGAGUCACAACCUCAUCGAGGUGGCUGCUGAUGCCCCCUCUAAGAAAUCUGGUGGUUAUUUCACCGCCCCGGCGCAGCCCGACCCGGACGACCAGUUCAUCAUUCCCCCUGAGCUGGAGGAGGAGGUGAAGGAAAUCAUGAAGCAGCAUCAGCAGAAGCAGCAGAAGCCACCUGGGACAGAGCAGCCUGCGGAUUACUUUGACACCCCGCUCUAG